UUAAACCCUUGAGUUUGAAGCUGAAAACCCUGCUGAAUCUGAAGCACCAUGGAAGAGGUGUGGAAGGACAUCAACCUCGCUUCCUUGAACGACCACAGCACCAGACCCUCUUCUUCUUCCUCCUCCUCCUCCUCCGCCGCCGCCUUCAUCUUCCAAGACUUCCUCGCCCGUCCCUUCACCAUUAACACCACCACCAACUCCGAUCCUCCACCCUCGCCCUCUCCAUCCCCCUCUCCCUUAUCUCCUGCACCGCCGCAAUCCCUCACUGCUCUCAGCCUCGGUUGUCAUCAUCGCCCUAUUAACCGCAACCACCAUCACCAUCCUCAUCAUAAUCCCUUCGGCCAUCACCCUCAUCCUGCUGCACCAUCACCUCCCUCCACUACCAAGCUUCCUUACUCUUCUUCACCAUUAUUUGACACCCUUCCUUCCUCUUCUUCUCUCCCCUGCUUCGCCACCACUAACAGGUUUCCUGAAACCUCCUCUGAUCCCGCCCCUACCCUCGACCGCCGCAACAAGCGCAUGAUUAAGAAUCGUGAAUCUGCUGCUCGAUCACGCGCUAGAAAACAGGCAUAUACGAGCGAGUUGCAGCUUAAAGUGGAUCACUUGCUGGAAGAGAAUGCAAGACUCAAGAGGCAGCAACAAAAGCUAUGUGAAGCAGCAGUGUUGAAUCAUCAGCAAAAGAAGAAGAGUGCCCUGUACCGAACAUUUACAGCACCAUUUUGAGUAUCUAUCUAGCUAGAUUCUUAGUUAGUGUGCCAUUAAUGCUGCAAUGAAAUUCAUGAAAAAAGAAAGCACCUUCACCACUGUACUCACUCCUUUUACCCCUUCCUCUAAGCUAAGUGAGUGUAUGUAUGAUAAUGAUAAUGAUGAUGAUGUAAGAAUGCAUCGCUCUUAUGUUUAUUUCUGCAAUAUUGGUGGCUGUAACUCUUUAAUUUCCACGUUCAAAAUCUCUUCUAACCAUGAGAUUUG